AUGUUCAAGCCUUCACAACCGAUGAUGGCGCGACUGCGCUUGACAACCAAGCAGGUCAAUGGUGGCUACUAUAAAGGAAACCGCACCGGCGCGAUGGGUUAUUUCGCGAAGAACGGCUCGUAUGUGAUCGACUGGAAAAAAGUCCGAACCUUUGUUGUUCCUGAUAACUUGGAUGAAUUUAAGCUUACCCCAUUCGUCACGCAACGCAUGGCCCCAACAAAGUCCAAAUACACCAAAGACAUGGAGAAGGAUAGCAAACUGAUUACAGUUGAACGAGCCUUUGGCGGGAAGGACUACCUUGAUAUGUGGGCUUCGGACAAUGGCCAAGAGUCAUUCACGGGUAACUCUCGCCGUCCGCGGCAGGUUAAUCUCGGAGGUCGCAAUACGAACCCUUUCGCCGCAUUUCCUUCCGGAAGACAACACCCUCAUGGCACAGGGCCCCAGAAUACUCUGGCAGUUGCACAGCAAGAGCGCCUACUAAGGCAACAAGAGAGAGAACGGUUGGGCGCGACCCGGAUCGUCCAACGGACAUGGCGGGGUUAUCGAAGUAGGAAGAUAACGUGCGGUGCAUGGCGAGCAGAGUGGGAUGUCACUGAGCAACAGAGGUCACAACUGCUCCUAUCAUUCGAUGAAAUGACCCAUGAUGCUGUACAGACUUCACCUCACUAUGCCACAGCAGCAGAGUGUCUGUCGCAGUUACGACUGUUGGUACAGUUCCUGGACCCGCGGAACAGCGGUGAUAUCCUCCGGCUCGCCUACUUUUCAAAGGCAUUCCAAAACACCCUACGCAAGGUGCCCACUAUUGCGACCAAAGGAGAGUGGACAACGCCUCUGAAGCGCUUGUCAAGGUUGACUCUACGCGUGCUGCAUUCAGCUACCGCUCCGACAGUGCCAGCGAUUGCCUUGUGGCCUCUUCUCGAGUUAUUGAUAUUUUUGAUGGACCUCAUCCCAAAGCAAAUGGCUCGCUUAUCUCAAGAAUAUUACUCUGUAAUGGCUUCUCUCACGAUAAAUAUAGACGCAAUCUCCUCAAGGUGUCUUUUAUCGAGAGAUAACCUCGUUCAAGCUGUUCUAGCAUUGCUUCGACCGAUAACCGCCGAGACGCUCACUGCCUAUGAAUGGUUUGCAAGGAGCUACUUGACUGUUCCAGAUCUCCCGGCGUACCUAGGGACAUUGGAUGGGCUUGCAAACAAUAUCAAUUAUAAAUUGCUGACGUCCGCGUUCGAGCCCUUGCAGUUGCAUUUAAAAGACAGCCCUCAAACUCCGUUGAUGCAUGCUCUGGGAAGCCAGGCCGGAUACCAAGCACCCGAGUCUGGUUUUGUGAAGGUUGUAUCGGACUUACUCAACUCUACUGCUGUGCAUAUAUCGCGACGUCUCGAAUCCGGGGAGGUCACCGAAUUUGGGGACACACCUGAAAGAGCACCAUUGCAUCCAUUUAUUAAGGAACAGCUAUUCAGCCUUGUCAACCAGGGGAGUAUAACCGGGUUGCUUUCUGAGUUGCAAUCUAGUCACUUGUCUCAACGUGACCUGGCAGAUUCACAAUCUGAUGCGUCGCGGGAGGCGAGAAUCCUUGCAACAUACGCCCUGACUCUUUUGAGGGUGUUUCCUCGGCGAGGCGAUGACAUUCGAAUGUGGUUGUAUUUGGGAUCCGCUAUCUCGGAUGAUCACAUGGCCGGCCAACCUGGGUCGAGAAUACCGGCUAUCAAAUAUUUUUGGCAAGCAUCCAGGUCCAGUGACAUCUUCAAUACAAUAAGCGAAGAUUCAACGAAGGUACUGUCAUUACUGAAACCAGCCAGCGAUACGAAUGACGCCAGGCUACCAACCAUGUCGCCCAAAGAGCGUGACGAAGAGUGGAUGAUCAUUCUCCUCUUCCUUGAGCUGUAUACGUUUGUCCUCAAAGUGAUGGAUGAUGAGGAGUUUUUCUCUAGCGGAUCUUCUUUCACUGCUUCUUCAAAUAUGAGAGUUUCAUGGACCAAGGAGAGCGCUCUUCCUUUGGAAGAUAUCAAGGAUAUGACAAUAUUCUUGAAAAACCUGGCAUUUACUCUGUAUUGGAACUCGGCAGAUUUGAACGAAGAUGAAACUUUUAAUGACAGUGCAGGGAUUCGGAGUUAUUUCAGCUCCUCUGUUCCUCCAUCUGACACCAUUUCAAGCGUUCGGGAUCUUGAAAUGAAAAAUAAGGAAAAGGGGCUAUCUGGUGUGACGGGGAUCCCGCUCGACUAUUUCAAAGGCCUCGUGACCGGUCUGUUGAGGAUGAUUCAUGAGCGUGAUUCACGACGCAAGUUCCUCCCUGAUGGGCACUGGCUGAUGACCAACCGCUUUGACAUGGAAGGUUUUAUCCCUGCUGUUGUGGCGGAAGAAGAGAAUAGACACCAACUGCAGGACGAGGAAGAGGGCGACGAACAGGAUGAUUUAAUGGAUGAUGCUUAUUAUGAACCGUCAUUGGGACUAAUUGGUACAGGACGUGCCCAACAGACCCGGCGAAUCGAAGCUCUUAGACGACGUCAACAACGAGCAGCUCGCAGGAAACAACUGGAGGCGGUGGCUCCUAGACUCGAAAUCCUGAGAAACAUGCCGUUCUUCAUUCCUUUUCAUACCCGAGUGCAGAUAUUUCGAGAAUUCAUUUAUCGUGACCAGCUGCGCAGACGACAAGGGUUCAUCGACCCGGAUGCUUGGCGUAUGUCUGUAGCCCAGGCCUCGAUGGGGCGUAUAAUCGAUGGGCGGCCCGCGGUGCAGGAUAUCCUUGGCCGGCAUCAUGCGAACAUCAGACGCGAGAGAGUGUUCGAAGAUGCAUUUGAUCAGUUCUACGAACUCGGCGAGAGCCUCAAAGAACCUAUACAGAUUACAUUCAUUGACAAGUUCAACACUCCGGAAGCGGGUAUUGAUGGUGGUGGUGUGACGAAGGAAUUUCUAACCAGCGUCACGAAUGAAGCCUUCAAAUCCAUAAGUGACUUGAACUUGUUUGAAGAGAACGAGCAACAUCUACUCUACCCGAACCCAGCUGCGGUCGAGCAUCGUCGCGAGCUCUUGAGACAGGGUGGGCUUGCUGAGAACGGCCCAGACUGGAAUGACAAUAUCCGCGAUUUGCUCAGGCGGUAUGAGUUCUUAGGGCGAGUUAUAGGAAAGUGUCUUUACGAGGGUAUAUUGGUUGAUGUGAACUUUGCGCCGUUUUUUCUGCUGAAAUGGGCUUUGACGGGUGGCACGGGCUCGGCACAAAAGGAAACAGCAUAUCGAGCCAACCUUAAUGACCUUAAAGACCUCGACCAGGGACUAUAUCAAGGAUUGUUGCAACUGAAAAACUACCCAGGGGAUGUGGAAGACUUUUCUUUGAACUUCACCGUUACUGAUAUCAUACCUCUUUCGAACGGGAGAAGUCGCACGAUCACUCGGGACCUCAAACCCCACGGGUCAGAUAUACCUGUAACGAACCAGAACCGGCUCGUGUAUAUCUCAUAUAUUGCUCGAUACCGUCUUCAGGCACAGCCCGCUUUGCAAACAAACGCCUUUCUCCAAGGUCUGGGACAAAUUAUACAGCCUUCGUGGCUGUCGAUGUUCAACCAGUCGGAACUGCAGACCUUGGUUAGUGGCGAGUCAGGGGAUAUAGACGUAUCGGAUUUGAGGCGCAACACUCAAUACGGAGGGGUGUAUACCAUUGGUGACGAUAGGGAAGAGCAUCCGACGAUCCAACUAUUCUGGGAGGUCAUGCAUAAGAUGACCAACGAGGAGCGACAGAAGGUGCUACGAUUUGUGACGUCUACUCCACGAGCUCCUCUACUGGGAUUUAGUCACCUGAACCCACGAUUCAGCAUUCGUGAUUCCAGUGAGGACCAGGAGCGACUUCCUAGUACGAGCACCUGCGUGAACCUUCUGAAGCUGCCUCGUUAUACCAACGCCGACAUCCUACGGGAAAAGCUUCUUUAUGCCAUCAACUCUGGCGCCGGGUUUGAUCUUAGUUGA